CGCCCGGCCUCGGCCGGUGAAUCAGCGGGGCUGGCGCCGGGCGGCUGCGUGCGAGCGGCGGCGGCUGCAACUUGGGGAAUUUCUCGUCCCCGAGCAGGAAGCCGAGCGUUUCCUCCUCUGCUGCCGCCGCCGGUGCUCGUGCUCGCCGGGCUGGUUUUGCAAUCCUAUAGGCCUCGGCCCUCGCGGGGGAGGCGCCUCGCUCCACCUUGCAGCUCCGCGGCCGCUCGCGCUCCCCGCAUCCGUCCGGGCCCGGCCGCCGGUCCGGCAGGUCCCGGUGACGGGGCGCUCGGCUGGUCCCUGCCCAUGCUCGGCCCCGCGCCCGCUCCCCAUCCGCGCCAGCCCCGGGGAGCGGUGCCGCACCGGAGAUGCAGAGCACCCCCAACUACCUCUGGCACACUGAGGACGUCCUGGGCCAGGGAGCCACGGCCUGCGUGUACAAGGCGCGCAACAAGAAAUCAGGAGAGCUGGUUGCUGUGAAGGUCUUUAAUAAUGCCAGCUACCUCAGGCCACAGGAGGUUCAGAUGAGGGAGUUCGAGAUGCUGAGGAAGCUGAACCAUAAGAACAUCGUCAAGUUAUUCGCCGUGGAGGAGACGGGAACCAGCAAGCAGAAGGUGCUGGUGAUGGAGUACUGCUCAAGCGGGAGCUUGCUGAACGUGCUGGAAGAUCCAGCCAACGCCUUCGGCUUGUCCGAGUCGGAGUUUCUCAUAGUGCUGCAGUGCGUUGUGGCAGGGAUGAACCACCUCCGUGAGAACGGCGUUGUCCACAGAGACAUCAAGCCUGGGAACAUCAUGCGACUGAUGGGAGAAGAUGGGCAGAGCAUCUACAAAUUGACAGAUUUUGGGGCUGCCCGAGAGCUGGAUGACGAUGAAAAGUUUGUGUCCGUCUAUGGGACGGAGGAAUAUCUUCACCCAGAUAUGUACGAGAGAGCAGUUCUGCGGAAACCUCAGCAGAAGGCCUAUGGUGUGACUGUGGAUCUGUGGAGCAUCGGGGUGACCUUCUACCAUGCUGCCACCGGCAGCCUCCCCUUCAUCCCCUUUGGCGGACCUCGCAGGAACAAAGAAAUCAUGUAUAAAAUUACCACGGAGAAACCUCCCGGAGCCAUCGCGGGGGUCCAGAGGCAGGAGAACGGGACCAUCGAGUGGAGCUACGAGCUGCCCGCCACGUGCCGGCUCUCUGCGGGGCUGAAGGUUCAGCUGAUACCAAUUUUGGCUAAUAUCCUGGAGGCAGAUCAGGAGAAAUGCUGGGGAUUUGACCAGUUUUUUGCAGAAACCAGUGACAUUUUGCACAGGAUCGUGGUUGAUGUCUUCUCCCUGCAGCAGGCUUCCUUGCACCGUGUUUACAUCCACUCCCACAACACUACCACCAAGUUUUUAGACGCUGUAUUCAAACAAACAAACAUACCUCCUCACCAUCAAGAAUAUUUUUUUGAAGGCCAUCUGUAUGAACUGGAUCCUAACCUACAAGCUCAUAGUUUCUGCAAGACCACGGAGAACAGCCCUCUGACCCUGCUGAGCACCGAGCCGGAGGACCCGGUAGGAGUGAGAUACAGAGACCCGGCGCUCGAGUUCCCCAAGUUCGUCCCCAAGGUGGAUGUCGUCGCGGACUGCGGCACGGCCAAGAGCGCCGUGGGCGCCGCGCACCAGACGCUGUGGAUCGCCCGCUCGCUGCUGCGCUGCCAGGAGCUCGUGCUCAGGGGGCUGCACUGGGUCGCUGGCAGCCUGAAAACCGAGUGCUCGAGGAUUUUGGAGCAGAGACGAGGAGCCCUUUCGUUGCUCACCUGCCUGCAGCUUACGGAGGGGAAGACCCGCGCGCUGUACGAGACCCUUUCUGGGGACGGCGGGACGCCGGCGCUGAAGGAGCUGAGCGGGGUGAAGGCACGGCUGCAGGCGGUGGUGGAGGAUCUCUCGCAGUGCUCCCACGACGUCUUUGACUACCAGGGGCUGCUGGACGGCAUUCUGGCUGAGCUGGCAAAGCACAGGCAGCAAGCCCAGGAAGAUAAAAGCAUCCGGCAGAUCGAGUGCUGCCUGGAGAAGAUGCAGCUCAUACACAAGCAGUUCAAGAAGGCCAGGACGUGUCUGCGGCUGGGCUACAACGAGGAGCAAAUACACAAGCUGGAUAAGGUGAAUCUAGGACACUUGGCCAGGAAGGUUCUGCUGAUUUUCCAGGACGACUGCGUGCAGAAGUACCAGGAGGUCCUGGCUCUCCAUGGGAGCAGAAUGAGGAAAGUCUGUGAGAUAAAGAAACAUCUGAAGAGGCUCAGCAACUGCAUCAGCGCCUGCGGCGUGGCGAUGACGGAGUGCCAGGACUGCCUGCAGCACGCUUUGGACAAGUUUCUCCAAACGGUCCCGCCGGAGAAACGGCAUUUGGCCCCGGUCCCUUCGCCUGCUCAGCUGAACCAGGCACGCCACGACAUGGCUUUUAGGAUGCAGGAGCUCCUGGAGCAGAUGAAAUCCGUCACCUGCGACCUCCAGUUCAACAACAGCGUCAUCGAGCGGUUAAGCGGGGCUGCUCCCGCGCCGGGUAUCUGAGAGAAGCGGCGGAUUGGCAGCUGCUGAAGCGAGCGGUGCUUUCCGCAGAAGGGACACGAACGGCACUUUGGGUCGAGCGCAGCGGAGGACUCGACGCUCGUGCUUCAGGAGCGCUCCUUGUCCUACCUCUGCUCCCGCGUUUUUGCACAGUUCACCAGCAUUAGCUUCGGUUUGCAAGCCUUGAGCGUGAAAUUUGCCCUGUCGGCGUGGCGGGGACAGUGCACCUGAUGGACGAGGGGCCUGGUCCAGCCCUGGCUGGCCUCACCGGAGACCUCAGCGCAGGAAGGCGGGCGCCGGCGAAGCCCCGCUGCAGCGGCCGCCGCUCGCGCGUCCGUCGGUCCGUCCCCACCCGAGCCGCGCGCUGGCACUGCCGAUGGCUGCGGGAAUGGGGAGCCAAGGGAGGUUUCUCUUUUGGGGGGAUAUUUCCAUAAAUGUACCGAGGUCUGUGUCUGUGCACGAGUGCACGCGUGCUCCAAACAACGCUGUGCUGAGAAUACACUCCUGUCCUCACCGGGGCUGUUAAUAAACGCCGAGGCAAAAGCUCAGAAGUGAA